AUACCAAAUUACUACUAGAGCUGGCCCGCCGGUAUUAUACAGCGCAUUCACCACUAAUACUACGAAUCCCAUAAUGCUCUGCUGUUUUCGCGCGCCAAUCAGGACAGGACCCAGAAACGCUCUCUCCUCUGUGACAGUAGUCAUAGCAACAUAGACGCUACAACUGUCAGCGAGCUAACCCUUUCCAAAAAUGGCGAAAAGAAAGGCAGAAAACACUAGCUUUCUGGACAAGUGGGAGGCAGAAUAUCUGUUUACAUAUGUAAAAGACAAACCUGUUUGUCUUGUUUGUGGAGUCAACGUGGCUGUAAGUAAGGAGUACAACAUUAGACGACACUAUGAAACGAAACACCAUGACAAAUACAAGGACCUGGACAUGACUCAAAGGAGCCAGAAAGUAGAGGAGAUGAAAAGAAGCUUGGUUUCACAACAGAAUAUGUUUAAAAAAGCCACAUCACAAAGCGAGGCUGCUGUAAAGGCUAGUUAUAUAGUGGCAGCAGAGAUCGCAAAAUCAGCCCGGCCCUUUAAUGAGGGAGAGUUCAUGAAAAAGUGCAUGAUGAAGGUUUGUGACCUCGUAUGCCCAGAGAAAAAACAAGCAUUUUCAAACGUGAGCCUGAGCAGGAACACAGUAGCUGAUCGCACAUGUGAUCUUGCCACCAAUCUGUAUGACCAGCUGAUGGAAAAGGGAAAAGAUUUUGUUGCGUUCUCCCUCGCUGUGGAUGAGAGCUGCGACGCAUCUGAUACUGCUCAGCUGUCAGUCUUCAUCCGUGGAGUGGACUCAAAUCUGUGUGUUACGGAGGAGCUAUUAGGAUUCAAAUCAAUGCAUGGCACAACCACAGGAAAGGAAAUCUUUGAGGAGGUUUCCAAAUGUGUAACUGAAAUAAAGCUGCCGUGGGAUAAACUCGUUGGAUUAACGACAGAUGGUGCGCCAGCGAUGUGCGGUAAAAAGAGUGGACUGGUGGGCAUGGUUCGGGAGAAGAUGCGGGAAGAGAACUGUGCAGGUGAGCUAACUGUUUACCACUGCAUCAUACAUCAGGAAGCACUGUGUGCCAAAGCCCUAAAGAUGGAACAUGUUAUGACCACAGUAACACAGGUAGUUAACUUUAUAAGAGCCAAAGGUCUAAAUCACCGCCAGUUUAAAUCUUUUCUGGAGGAGUUUGGUUCGGAAUACGCAGACGUGCCGUAUCACACAGAGGUGAGAUGGCUAAGCAGAGGAAAAGUACUGAACAGAUGUUUCGAGCUGCGUGAGGAAAUAUGUAAAUUCCUGGAAACCAAAGGGAAGGAUACAGCAGAGCUCCGGGAGCAAAAGUUCCUGUGUGAGCUGGCCUUUCUCUGUGACAUCUCGAGCCAUCUCGAUGCGCUGAACCUGCAGCUUCAGGGGCGGGGGCGCAUCAUCACAGACAUGUACACUGCAGUGAGGGCCUUCAAAACUAAACUGUGCCUGUGGGAGAAUCAGAUGCUGCAAGGAAACCCUUGCCAUUUUCCCUGCUGCCAAUCCAUAAAAGCGCAGAUCUCUACCGCCGUGUUCCCAUGCGCACAGUUUGCUGAAAAACUCAGUGUUCUCGCCGCUGAGUUUAGCCGGCGAUUUGCCGACUUCGAUGCCCAGAAAUGCAAGUUUGAACUGCUUAGUAAUCCCUUCACAGUUGAUGUGGAAAAUGCACCAACCAACAUCCAAAUGGAGCUGAUUGAACUCCAGUGCAACGACACGCUGAAGUCAAAGUAUGAUGCUGUGGGCGCCGCACAGUUUCCACGGUUCAUCCCUGACACAAUGCCUCAGCUCCGCACCCAAGCUGCUCAGAUGCUCUCCAUGUUCGGCAGCACUUAUCUAUGCGAGCAACUUUUCUCCUCGAUGAAGAUGACCAAAACAACUCACAGGAGACGUCUGACUGAUGAACAUCUUCGCUCGAUACUGAGGAUUUCUUCAGCUCAGAGCUUGAGCCCAGACAUUGAUGAACUAGCAUCCAAGAAGAGAUGCCAGGUAUCUGGCUUGGGCACAUCAGAUUAGACCAGUGUGCAAUUAUUAACGUUUUCUUUAUGCACUUUUUCUUGCUACAAGGCAUGGGCUUGAAUGGUUGAUUGAUUUAUUAUCAUUUUAUUUGUAAAAUUAUUAGCCAGUGGAAAAAGUUUAUUUUGGUAUUUAAAUCAGAAGGCUGCAAAUAGAAAAGAGGCAUACAAUUUUUAUUUAAAUUUUAUUUAUUUAAUAAAUGAAUGCCAUUGAUGUGUUUUUUCAUUUGAAAUUCGAUUUUGCAUGUCUCCACUAUUAAAUUAUAUAUUGUAUGGUAAUAAGCGAUGCUUGUUCCAUAUUCAAUGUUAAAGCAAAACUUGUUUGGGUCCAUAUUAAAAGGUUAAUUUGUUCAAUGUUGGCCCGUGACUUUGUUCAGGUUUUACAUUUUGGCCCACUGGGUAUUUGAGUUUGACA